AAUAAAAACCUAACAAACUGCAGUCCAGUUAUAAUUUAACCCAAAAAAACCCUCGAAAUCUUUCCCAAUACAUCAAGAAAACAAAACAACCUAAGCAGGAGAUUUGUAAGCGAAGAGAUCAUCCUCAUUCCCUCUCCCCUUGUCUUCUCCAACACUAAUUCUCGAAGCCUCACUUUCAAUCUCCAAAUCCCAAUAGCUCUCUCCCUCACCAUCAAGUCCACAAACAAUCCCAUCUUCUCUUUGUCUAAUUCUUGAUUAAGUUUGAUUCAUAUUUUGGGAUGCGAUGCGUUUCUUAAAGAGGAUAGCUGGGUUUCUUGGAUUCGCUAAAGAUGAUGGAGGCUACGAAGUGAAAGACCAACAACAAGAAGAAGCAGAAGAGCAAGACGAUCAUCAACACCCCAACCAUGUCCGUUUUCGCUCCAAUUUACAAGAAACUGGCCUUCCCCGCAAAGGUUUCGGUGUUCCUGUCCAAGUCGCCGUCGAACGCCCCCAGCUUGGACCCCUAAUCGUCCCCUGCAUUUCCGGAGACGGCGGCCUUCAGGGUCUGAGAUGGUACGCGAAACGUCUCAGGAUAGAUGAAGAUGGAGACGUGGCAGAUGAGUUCUUUGACGAGGUUUUACCAGACACAUCUUCCAGUGUUGAUGAACAGCACAAGCCUUUGCCGAGGUUUGAAGUGAAGCACAGUACUCGGCCAGCUAAAAUCAAGAAGCAGAUGAUGUCCCAUGAUGGGAAAAUUCAACAGUGUGUGGAACAUCAAGGUAGAUUGCAGUGGGUAUAAUGGAUCUUCAUGUCAAUGUCCAGGGCUCAUGGGUGGCUGGGUGGGUUUCAUUUGUCAGAUCUAUAGGGUAAGUAUGUUGCUGGGUCAUUCUUUUCUAAUAGAUUAACGUUUGUUGUCGUGGCCUGAAUUGUGAAACCCCUACACCCAAUUGUAUUAAUGUUUAUGUUACAAAGCUUUGUCUAAUUGGUUUGUGAUGA